AUGGAUACAGCAAGGCCACCAAAUCCAGAAAUCAUCUUGCAAAAUAAGCUGAUAGAGGCCGAGGCCAAAGCUACAAAGUGGAGGAACCGAAUGCUAAAAAAGGCAAAGUUAUAUCGUGAACAUUUGGCUGAGAAAGCACGACGUGAAGCAGAAAAAGGCUCCUCUGUGAACAAAAAGGAAGGUGCAAAUGUUGCAGAUGCAAAAGUUAGCAAGGAUAAUAAAGAUGGAGAUCCAGAGGUUGCUGCUGGGGAACCUAGAGAUGUUGCCACGCCACCAAUUGAAAGAAAGAGGACGCGGAGUGUCACUCUUUCAAUCAUUAAAGAACAACUUCCGAGAGGAAAAGAGAAAGGGGUAGAAAGUUCUGAAACUAAUAAGAGUGAGGGUGGUACAUCUACUAAGCGUAGACGUUACACACGUGAAGAGAAAGGGAAAGGAGUAGAGGACACCGGAAAAGAUGGAAAAAAGAAGUCAUCGAUUGUCAAGAAAAAGCGCAGAGUGGUUCCAAAUAACCCAGAUGAUGUCAAAUGCAAACGAAGAGGGCGUAGGGAUGAUAAGCCAAGAGAAGUUGACAAUAUUGGCGAAUGAGAUUUCCCGAAGCUCAACACAAGAACCACACUUGCGGCUCUCCAUCAUAGCCUGUCUUUAUUGAACCAUGCACAGAAAGAGUCCAUCAAGAAGAUUGGAUUCGGUGCUAUCCUUGAUCUUAGUAUUCGGCAGAUACCGGGCAAAAUGGCUUAUUGGGUUCUUGAUCAUAUCAACGCUGACACUAUGGAGUUAGUGAUCUCAGAUGAUAAGAGGGUGAAGAUCACUGAGGAUGACGUGUAUCGUGCAUUCGGGAUACCAAAGGGUCACAAAAAGAUAGUAGAGUUUAAGAGGACAGCUACAAAUGAUUUCUUUACUGAGUGGGUUGGAUUUUUUGGCACCCGUGGAAAGGAUGACAUUAAGCUUGGUAUGGUGGUGGAGAAGAUGCUUCAAUGCACAGAAGGUGGGACGUGGUUCAAACGUCACUUCAUGAUAGCCGUUGCAUUCUCCUUGUUCGAGAGCACGACGAACGGAACAGUCCAUCCCUUUAUCCUAAACUGCCUCGUGAAUUUGGACAGAUUACGGGAGUGGAAUUGGGCUCAAUAUGUCCUCCAAUCUUUGUCUAAUCACAAAAAAUCGUGGGAGUCCGACAAGUCAAAAA